UAAAUUUAUGAGGAACAAACACACAAUGAAUAUGAUAAUUUUACAAAUAAAAACAAAAGGGAAAAAUUCUACAACAACCGCAAUCACAAUAACAAGGAGGAGAGAGUGAAAAUCACAGAGACGAAAAGAUCGUCUUCUGAAUCGGAACAAGGGUUUCAGGUUGAAAUUUUAGAGCAGUAUAUCAGCAAUUAUGAGAUUCAAGAAAGGUAAUAAGGUGGAAGUGUUGAGCAAAGUUGAGGUGCCUUGCGGCUCCUGGCUAUCUGCAGAGAUCAUUUGUGGUAAUGGCCACCACUAUACUGUGAAAUAUGAUGGAUAUCAAGAUGAUGCUGGUGAGGCAAUUGUGGAGCGGGUAUCCAGGAGAGACAUCAGGCCAUGUCCGCCAGUACCUGUAUUCAUGGAGAAUUGGACUCCAGGUGAUGUUGUAGAGGUCUUCCAGAACUUCUCUUGGAAGAUGGCUACAGUUUUGAAGGUUUUGGGGAAAAACUACAUUUUGGUCAGGCUACUUGGAUCUUCUUUGGAAUUUCAAGUGAGCAAAUUUGACAUUCGGUUGAGACAGUCUUGGCAAGACAACAAGUGGAUAAUAGUAGGAAAGGGUUCUGCCAGCUGUGAGAAUAGAAAACGUUCUAGCCAACUUCAGAAGACGGCCACAAAGACAAAACUGUCAGGUUCCACUUACUACCAUCCUGAAAAGAAAAACCUGAGUAUUCUGGAAUCCGGACUUGUCUCUUUUAAAACAUUGAAAAGAGGAAGCCAUUCACAAGUUGAGGCAUAUGCUAAACCUCCCCCAAAGUUUAGAGCACUUGAAAAGGAAGGUGGAUGUCACAGAAUAAGAGUUAGGAAUUCACCCACACCAUUCAACCAGGUACAGGGUGUCAGUUUUCCAAGAGAUGUGCUCGCUGAAGAAUGUUUACCUGCUUCUAUAAACAACAGAAAAACUGGAAUUCCUAAUAUGGUGGAGAUAGGAAGGAGGAAGCAAACUGGCGCUGUGGGUUGUUCAUUUGAAGAAAACUUAGAAUCAAAUCAUGCUGAUAGUGUUACGUGCUCUGUUGGUAGUUGUAGUAUCACUAGCAGGAAUUCCUAUAAAUUGCAAUUUCCUGUAUCUGCAGGUCCUUUUGAAGAUGUAGAUGGUCCAUAUAGUGAUGCUGAGUCUGUUUGCCAGAGGGAUUAUGAGGAAGGAAAUUGUUCCCCUCCUACACAAGAGGAACUGGCAGCAGAAAUUCAUAGGGCUGAGGAGUCAUGUAGGUGUUGCUUCCAGAUGUCUACAGAUUUUCUCUUGCUCUAGACAAGGGAUGGAUUUUCUAAUAUGGCUCUUGAUAAGCCAACACUUCCAUUGGCUUGUGGAGUUCUCGCAUUCUUCCAUUUCAGGCCACCUGUGAGCCUCGUAUAUAUGUUUUGCGGAGGAUGCAUGCUCAGAGUCUUGUGGCUACAAUGGGGUGACCUGAUAUGUGAAUUGCAUCAAUGCUCAGCAAUGAUCAAUUAGCACAAGGUCCAAAUGGCUCUUGGAAGAACAUGGCCACAAUAAAGCCGGCAUGACACGAGGUAUGGCUAUGAACGGAAUAUUCGUUUUAUGCAUACAUUCCACAAUUCCAAUGAUCCAUAUACAAGCUCAAUUUUCCAGAUUCCCAACAAGACCUUGGAUUUGAUUUUGGUUGGCCUAAUAUCUUUCAGUUGGGCAACGAUACCUGCGUGUUCUUUGUGAAACUUUUGGCUUCAAUCUGAUGUUUAAUCAAUGUGGAAUCCGGUGCCCUUUGAAGCAUGUCCGUUGUUUGUCAAAACCUGAGUUUUGAAAAGCUGAAUAGCUUCCUUAAAAGUAUGAUUUUUUUUUCUUAUAUAUUUUUCCUUCCAUUGUUAGUGCAUGUUUAAUUUGACAUUUACUACCUCCAAACCUAUGACUAGUCUGUUUAUUUCACUCGCUUUAUUUUGCUAAAAUUUCUUAA